UCUGGUGUGUAGUGCGCCUUUAAGAGACAAACCGAAACAAUACACCACUCGCCUUGUCAAUGUUGUUUGGACAAUGAAUUUAGUCGAUAUGCUCUUCGUUAAACUCCUGCUGCUGUUAUACUGUAUACGGAAUAUCAAAGGUCAGUUGGGGACUCCCCUUAACGAGUAUAUCCGCCACUAUGAGGGCCUCAGCUACAGCACCGAGACGCUUCAUAGUCGGCACCAGCGAGCCAAGAGAGCCGCCACACACACAGACGCCUUCGUACACCUGGACUUCCACGCACACGGCAGGCACUUCAACCUGCGCAUGAGAAGGGACACGUCUCUGUUCUCUCCGGAUCUGAAGGUGGAGGUUUCGGGAGAGGAGAUCCCGUACGAUACAUCACACAUCUACACGGGAGAACUACACGGUGAGGAGGGCAGUCUAACUCAUGGUUCCAUCGUGGACGGCGUGUUCGAGGGCUUCAUUCUGAGUCACCACGGAACGUUCUACGUGGAACCGGCUCAGCGCUACCUGAAGAACCACAAGAACAUCCCAUACCACUCAGUCAUAUACCACGAGGACGACAUCGACUACCCCCAUAAGUAUGGAGCGGAGGGCGGCUGUGCGGACGAGUCUGUUCUACAGAAGAUGAAGAAAUACCAGGCAACCGCCGUGGAGGAACCACACCAGCAUGAAGAUGAGCCUUCAGAUGGACCUGUGUUGUUGCGUAAGCGUCGCGCGGCAUCUAAAGAGAAGAACACAUGCCAACUGUACAUCCAGACAGACCACCUGUUCUUCAAGUACUACGGAACCAGAGAGGCCGUCAUCGCACAGAUCUCCAGUCAUGUGAAGGCCAUUGACUCCAUCUACCAGAGUACUGACUUCCAGGGUAUCAGGAACAUCAGCUUCAUGGUCAAGAGGAUACGGAUCAACACCACAGAUGACAUGAGGCAGAAGUCCAACCCGUUCCGGUUCCCCAACAUCGGAGUGGAGAAGUUUCUAGAACUCAACUCGGAACAGAACCACGACGACUACUGCCUAGCCUACGUCUUCACGGACCGAGACUUUGACGACGGAGUACUGGGGCUUGCCUGGGUUGGAGCACCCGCAGGUAGUUCUGGUGGUAUUUGUGAGCGCAGUAAGCUGUAUUCGGAUGGCAAGAGGAAGUCCUUGAAUACCGGCAUCAUCACGGUGCAGAACUACAACUCCCACGUACCCCCCAAAGUCUCACACAUCACCUUCGCACACGAGGUCGGACACAACUUCGGAUCACCUCAUGACUCUGGUAUGGAGUGCACCCCUGGGGAGGCCAAGCUGCAGGAUAAGAAGGAGAGAGGCAACUACAUCAUGUACGCGCGCGCCACCUCAGGAGACAAGCUGAACAACAACAAGUUCUCCAUCUGCUCCAUACGCAACAUCACACAGGUGCUGGACAAGAAGAGAGGCAGCUGCUUCGUAGAGUCGGGUCAGCCUAUCUGUGGUAAUGGCAUGGUGGAGAAAGGGGAGGAGUGUGACUGUGGCUAUAGCGACCAGUGUGAUGACCAGUGUUGCUAUGACGCCAACCAACCAGAGGGCACCAAGUGCAAACUCAAGCCCAACGUCAAGUGCAGUCCUACUCAGGGUCCGUGUUGUACUCCUCAGUGUGAGUUUAAGGUCAGCAGUGACUCCUGUAAGGAGGAGAGUGAGUGUGCCUACCAGGGCUUCUGCAGUGGAGGAAGCGCCCAGUGCCCCACGCCACAACCCAAAGACAACUUCACCAUCUGCCACAGCGACACGCAAGUCUGCAUCAACGGGGUGUGUUCUGGUUCUAUCUGUUCUAAGUAUAAUCUUGACGUGUGCACGUGUGCCAGUAAAGAGGGAGCAGAUGAGAUGGCUGAACUCUGUCAUGUAUGCUGCCAGGAGAGGAAUAAGCCAGACACCUGUAGCAGCACCAGUUCUGAUCGCUGGCGUCAGUUCUUCCAGAGCAAGGUGAUCACGCUGCAGCCGGGGUCUCCCUGUAACGACUUCAGGGGCUACUGUGACGUCUUCAUGCGCUGCCGACUGGUGGACGCAGACGGGCCCCUCGCUAGACUGAAGAAGGCCAUCUUUAACCCGGAGCUCUACGAGAACAUCGCAGAGUGGAUCGUGUACACUCAUGACUCUGGUAUGGAGUGCACCCCUGGUGAGGCCAAGCUGCAGGACAAGAAGGAGAGAGGCAACUACAUCAUGUACGCGCGCGCCACCUCUGGUGACAAGCUGAACAACAACAAGUUCUCCAUCUGCUCCAUACGCAACAUCACACAGGUGCUGGACAAGAAGAGAGGCAGCUGCUUCGUAGAGUCUGGUCAGCCUAUCUGUGGUAAUGGCAUGGUAGAGAAAGGGGAGGAGUGUGACUGUGGCUAUAGCGACCAGUGUGAUGACCAGUGUUGCUAUGACGCCAACCAACCAGAGGGCACCAAGUGCAAACUCAAGCCCAAUGUCAAGUGCAGUCCUACUCAGGGUCCAUGCUGUACUCCUCAGUGUGAGUUUAAGGUCAGCAGUGACUCCUGUAAGGAGGAGAGUGAGUGUGCCUACCAGGGCUUCUGCAGUGGAGGAAGCGCCCAGUGCCCCACGCCACAGCCCAAAGACAACUUCACCAUCUGCCACAGCGACACGCAAGUCUGCAUCAACGGGGUGUGUUCUGGUUCUAUCUGUUCUAAGUAUAAUCUUGACGUGUGUACGUGUGCCAGUAAAGAGGGAGCUGACGAGAUGGCCGAACUCUGUCAUGUAUGCUGCCAGGAGAGGAAUAAGCCCGACACCUGUAGCAGCACCAGUUCUGAUCGCUGGCGUCAGUUCUUCCAGAGCAAGGUGAUCACGCUGCAGCCGGGGUCUCCCUGCAACGACUUCAGGGGCUACUGCGACGUCUUCAUGCGCUGCCGACUGGUGGACGCCGACGGGCCCCUCGCCAGACUGAAGAAGGCCAUCUUUAACCCCGAGCUCUACGAGAACAUCGCAGAGUGGAUCGUGGCUCACUGGUGGGCUGUGCUGUUGAUGGGUAUUGCCCUGAUCAUGCUGAUGGCGGGCUUCAUCAAGAUCUGCAGCGUACACACACCCAGCAGCAACCCGAAACUACCCCCACCCAAACCACUACCAGGCACCCUAAAGCGUCGUCAGGCUCGCCAUGCGCAGGCCCAGACUCAGCCGCAGCGGCCGCGAGGGCAGCCCCGGGACGCCUACCAGAUGGGCCACCUGCGGCCCCACCAAGGACGCUGACCCCCCCUCCACCUCUAGUACACCCUGCUGGACGCUCCCAGUACUGCACUGCUGCCCAGCACCAUCCAGCUCAGCUCAGCUCAACGGGGACGCCUGGUGGUGUGUCCGGGUACUGCAGCCUUGUACAGCACAGCUCAGUUCAGUGGCCUAUUAUACUAAGAAGCUGGUUCAGGAGUAAACCAGGUUACGUUUAGAGGUAAAUUAUCUAAUAGAAGAGCCUGGAGUCCUCAUUUUCUCUAGUUAAGAGAUAAACCAUCUAAUAGA